CUCUGCCCUCACCGGCUUCCUGUCCCUCACAUGACGGCUCGCCGAUCGCGCCAUGGCGGAAGCCGAGGAGAAGGAAACCAGGUCUAAUGAGGAAUCCACAGAUGAAUCUGAGGAAGAUGAGAGUGAAGAAGAACCGAAGCUGAAGUAUGAACGGCUUUCUAAUGGAGUGACUGAAAUUCUUCAGAAGGAUGCAGCCAGCUGCAUGACAGUGCAUGAAAAGUUUUUGGCACUGGGAACACAUUAUGGCAAAGUUUAUUUACUUGAUGUCCAGGGGAACAUCACACAGAAGUUUGAUGUUAGCCCAGUGAAGAUAAAUCAGAUCAGCCUGGAUGAAAGCGGAGAAUACAUGGGUGUUUGCUCAGAAGAUGGCAAGGUGCAGGUGUUUGGAUUGUAUUCAGCGGAAGAGUUUCAUGAAACGUUUGACUGUCCUAUUAAAAUUGUUGCUGUUCAUCCUCAUUUUGUAAGAUCCCACUUCAAGCAAUUUGUAACAGGAGGGAAAAAGUUGCUGUUAUAUGAGAGAGGUUGGAUGAAUAGAUGGAAGCCUUCGGUUUUACAUGAAGGGGAAGGAAACAUAAGAAAUGUAAAAUGGAGAGGCCACUUAAUUGCUUGGGCCAAUAAUAUGGGCGUGAAGAUACUUGACAUGAUCUCCAAGCAAAGAAUUACCAAUGUGCCUCGAGAUGACAUAAGCCUUCGCCCAGAUAUGUAUCCCUGCAGCCUUUGCUGGAAGGAUAAUUUAACGCUGAUUAUUGGCUGGGGAAAUUCAGUAAAGAUAUGCUCAGUAAAAGAACGGCAUGCCAGUGAAAUGCGUGACCUUCCAAACCGCUACGUGGAAAUAGUUUUCCAAUUCGACACCGAGUUCUAUAUCAGUGGACUUGCGCCUCUCUGUGACCAGCUUGUUAUACUUUCAUAUGUAAAGGAGAUUUCCGAAAAAACGGAAGUGGAGUGUUGUGCAAGGCCUAGACUGGAUAUUGUACAACCCUUACCUGAGUCCUGUGAAGAGAUCUCUUCUGAUGCACUAACAGUACGAGGAUUUCAGGAAAAUGAAUGUAGAGAUUAUCAUUUAGAGUAUUUGGAAGGUGAAUCACUUUUUUAUAUCAUCAGCCCAAGAGAUGUGGUUGUGGCUAAAGAGCGGGACCAAGAUGACCACAUUGACUGGCUUCUUGAAAAGAAGAAAUACGAAGAAGCUUUGAUGGCAGCUGAGAUCAGUCAGAAAACCAUAAAAAAGCACAAGAUUUUGGACAUUGGCUUAGCCUAUAUAAAUCACCUAGUGGAGAAAGGAGAGUAUGACCUGGCUGCUCGAAAGUGCCAGAAAAUUCUUGGCAAAAACACAGAACUCUGGGAAUUUGAAGUUUACAAGUUUAAAGAAAUAGGUCAGCUUAAGGCAAUUAGUCGUUACUUGCCCAGACGAGAUCCAGUUCUGAAACCUCUGAUCUAUGAAAUGGUCCUGCACGAGUUUUUGGAGAGUGACUAUGAGGGGUUUGCAACCCUGAUAAAAGAGUGGCCUGGAGAUCUCUACAACAACACAAUCAUAGUUCAAGCUGUGAUGGAUCACCUGAAGAAAGAUCCACAGAACAGGACGUUGCUGCGAACACUUGCAGAAUUGUAUACGUAUGACCAGCGCUAUGGCAAAGCCCUAGAAAUUUACCUAACUUUGAGGCAUAAAGAUGUCUUCCAGUUGAUCCACAAGCACAAUCUUUUCAGUUCUAUCAGAGACAAAAUUGUUCUCCUCAUGGAUUUUGAUUCAGAGAAAGCAGUAGACAUGCUUUUGGAUAAUGAAGAUAAAAUUUCCAUUGACAGAGUUGUUGAAGAAUUAGAAAACAGGCCUGAGCUACAGCAUGUGUAUUUGCACAAGCUUUUCAAGAGGGACCACCAUAAAGGCCAGCGAUAUCAUGAGAAACAGAUUAGCCUUUAUGCUGAAUAUGAUCGUCCAAAUUUACUGCCAUUUCUCAGAGACAGCACGCACUGUCCACUAGAGAAGGCUCUUGAGAUCUGCCAACAGAGGAACUUCGUAGAAGAGACAGUCUAUCUUCUGAGCAGAAUGGGUAAUAGCCGCAGUGCCUUGAAGAUGAUAAUGGAAGAAUUGCAAGAUGUAGAUAAAGCUAUUGAAUUUGCCAAGGAACAAGAUGAUGGAGAACUUUGGGAAGACCUCAUUUUAUAUUCUAUCGAUAAACCACCUUUUAUUACUGGUUUGUUGAACAAUAUUGGAACCCACGUUGAUCCCAUUCUUUUGAUCCACCGCAUCAAGGAAGGCAUGGAGAUUCCUAAUUUGAGAGACUCACUAGUGAAAAUUCUUCAGGACUACAACUUGCAGAUCUUGCUGCGGGAAGGUUGCAAAAAGAUACUUGUUGCCGAUUCUCUCUCUCUAUUGAAGAAAAUGCAUCGAACUCAGAUGAAGGGGGUUCUAGUAGAUGAGGAGAAUAUUUGCGAAUCAUGCCUGUCUCCAAUACUUCCUUCAGAUGCAUCCAAGUCUUUCAACGUGGUAGUGUUCCACUGCAGACAUAUGUUUCACAAAGAGUGCCUCCCGGUAUCUAACACAGUAUCUCCUGUCCAGUUCUGCAACAUAUGCAGUGCCAAACACCGAGGGCCAGGAAGUGCAAUCCUGGAGAUGAAGAAAUAGCGCUCCCCUAGUUCUCCAUGCCAGUCUGUGACACCAACUCUGUUAAGACCAUGCAGAGCCACUGUAGUUUCUGUUAGUCAUCAUUUCUGUAUAUUCUAAUUGUGUUUUAAAGUUGGUUUCUCUAAGAUAUCCAGCUUAUUGAAUGUUUUCAGGAAAGAGAAAAUAUUGAAAACCUUUCCCUAGUAAGUCUUUGUUACUCAAUUCAUAUUUCACUGUUCCUUUCCUCAGCUUGUUACUUAACUCUGGAACAGAAAAGACGAAUAAAAUGGGAAGAAAAAAAAACCAGUAUGGGGAUUUGUACUUGGUAUCAGCUAAUGUGCUUUUCAGUUUGGAGCUAUAUCAGGCUCAUGGUUAGAUAUUGUAAAGAAAGAUGAAUUACUGCGAAUUCAGCUCACCAAACUACUUUAGUCCGGAUUUAGUCUAUUAGUGAACUGUUCAACUUGACACACAUGACGAGUCUGACUGCUUUCAGUGGAACUGCUUCAGGACUUGAAGCUGGCUGUGUGCUGAAUCAUGCAUUAAAUUAACAAACUCAUUAACUGUUAAUUCCACACAUUGGCAAUUUACGUAGGUUGUAUGGUUACACAUUCAGAGAAUCAUAGAAUGGGUUGGGUUGGAAGGGACCUCAAAGAUCAUCUAGUUCCAACCCCCCUGCCAUGGGGGGUUUGUUGUAAACUGUUUAUCAGUUGAUCUUCACAAUGCAGUAGUUUAAGGUGGGUUUUUCUCACGUUAAACUCAUCCAGAAACUUUCUUUUAAAAUGUUAGCAGUAGGUCUUUACACUUAUCUUAUAACUGUGGUCCUAGUGCAUAACUUUAAAUACAGAAAAGAAAAAAAAUAAUCUGGCCUUUUAAAGACAAGAUCUCCAGGAGUUUCUAAUAGGCUUUAGCUAUUUAAGAGCUAAGUUAAAUAAGUCUUUUUGGAUGUUAACAAAACCCAUAUUUUUAAUUUCAGCUGUGUUCUGUUUGGUUGAUUCAAAGGAGGUGAUCUUUCAGAAUGUCUUCACAGCAACGUAAUCUCUUUAAAAUAUUCUCUGAUUAAAUUAAAUAUAAGCAUCUUUUCCCUAAGAAUAGUAAUUCUUCAUAACUCCCGAGAUAUUUUUCCUCUUUAUAACAACUGGAUCUUGUAAGUAGAAAUACAUUAUUUCACCAUCAAAUUGUGAUGUUUAAACAAGUAGUUAACAUCCUAAGUUUUGAAACAAUGGUAUGGUGAUACUGCAGUGUACCUGUAAAACUGGAAAAACAGAACACCUCUAAGUUCUCCUGUACCUUAGUCCAAUGUAAAUAAUCUAUAUCGUUGAAAGCUGGGUAUCGACUUUAUGUAAAUUCGUAAUACUUUUUUGAUAUCCUUUGGGCAGUUGGCUGAGCUGGUCUAGCAAUCCGAUGAGUGAUUUUUGUUUGUCCACUGCAUAGAUAUAAUACUGGAAUAAAAUUUUAAGUGUAUUAGAAAUGCGAGGAUUUACUCUGCAUGCUUAUUGAAGGCAAAAUUAUCAUUAAAAAGAUAGAUGUCUCAAAAACAUAGCAAUAAUAUUGUAUUGUGAUAAUGCAGACAGCUCAAAAAAUAAGAAUUGGUGCCAAUUAUUUAUGGACAUGCAGUAGAUGAAGUAACAGAAGGAUAGGAGCUUUGUAGUGCAGAGCACAGCCUGCAUAUGUCAAGCUUCACCCAUAAGAAUUACUGUCUGGCUCUGUAGCAGUUCAUUUUCAGCAGCUAGUACACAUUCUCAGGUAUGUUGUUAAUUUAUAGAUUCUUUACUACAUUGAUCAGGAAAGCUGCUUUGAUUCCUAGCAAGCUAAAUGCUCCAGUGAGCUUAAGGGCUGUUUCACCAUGGUAUUUCAGCUAUUGCAUGCCUGUAGACAAGUUUAGAAACUUUUUAAAAACCCCUCUUCCUUAGUAGCUCCAAGCAGCUUUUUUGUAUACCUAAGAAUGCUCUGCCAUAAGCUGUCAGCUUUUGGGAGGAAAAAGUCAAAUUACUCCUAUAGAGUUAUGCCACAAAGAGUUCUGUAGCUCAGAGUUAUAUGAUAAUUUAAAGCAGGUAUAUUGUUUACUUCAGCUUGGCCUUAAAUUCCCUAAAGCAUUUGAGCGUUCGGUGACUCAGUUUGCUAGCCUACCAUCACUGGCAAUCAUAUUGCAUUAUAGCCUGGCAUAUUUUUUGCAUUAUGCAAGUAAUUUUAAAUCACUGUAUGAAAAUCUAAUCAAAAUCUUCUUUAAAUCCAAAGCUUCUUUCAUUUGGGCUUCAGGGACUACCCUUUUCAUGUUCUGAAUUCUGACUUUGCUCAUUAAGAUUCAGCAAGAAAUGUACAGUCCUGACUUUGAUUCACUUUUCUUCCUAAGAAACCUUCACAUCAUAGAAAAUGUCUGAGGUUAGAAUCUAAAAUAUUCAGCUACCCAAGAGCUUUUCUUCUGGAGAACAGCUCUGCCUAAGAAGUAGCCUUAGAGUUGCAUAAUCCUUCAGAAAAGUACAGAAUAGCACUUACCCAGUUUCCCCAGAGCUUAUUUAAGAUGUCAAUCCAUUUAUCAAAGUGCUUGUGCUUCUAACUAAGGUAAACUUAAGGUAAAUUUAACAAGGAAAUCACAAUUUUUUCCACUGAUCCAUCCAGUUCUCUGUCAUUUCUUCAGUAGUGACCAAUAAAGCGAACUGUGAUGGAUCAAGUAAGAAUGUGUUAGUCUGCUCUAUCAAAGAGUAUUUUGGUUAUAAUGAGUCUGUGGAUGAUUUUUCUCAUCUCUCUUUGUUUUAUUAUUUUUGAGACCCACAAUGCUGUGUGGUAGGCUGGGUGGCAAUGUUGGGCUACACUAAAGACUUUGCUGGGUCCAGGUGAGGAGCUAGUGGUGCUCGGUGAGCCUGAGGCUAUUUAGUCCUGCUGAGAGCUCAGUUAAAAGUGACGGCAUCAGGAUAAAUGUUGACUUGUGCAAAAGGAGGAGUUAAUCUGUUCCUAGUAGACUUGUGAGGACUGGGAGGGACUUGCCAGCAGUAAAGCUCUAGCCAGUAAUUUGUAGGGUGAGUAAGAAGUGCCUCUUGCUCUUGUAAUAAAUUAAUUAUUUAUUGGGUGAUCUUUUUAUGGCUGAUAGACAAUGUCUGAAAGGGGCUGGGACAGGCUCUGCAGAUCUUUUGGGUCUCAUUAAAGUCGAGAGGUGCAUGAUUGGCUUUUGCCUUCUGCUACAGCUGAAUCUCGUGUGUUUACUGGCUGGUAGCUGUAUCUCAGUGGGCUUGAGGCAGCUCCUCUACCAAAUCAAGUGAUGUAUUGAAUCAGCUGUGUUUGGUGCGUGGGUGAGCAUCUCCCACCCAAUGUUACAUGUCAGUUAGUACUUCAAGGAGUCAUGCUAUAUACAGUGAUGUCCUCUAGCUGUAGCUGCAUCUGACAGCUGCUCACCUGUGGGGAAGCCUGAAUGCAGGGAGUCUUGUGUGUUGGAACAGGAGUAAGUUGCUUGUCUGACAGAUGUUUAACCCUUUGGUGGGCUGGGGAGCUGAGCAUCUCAGACGGUUUUGCCACUGAGUUUAGUAGGAGUAGAGUUUCACCAUGAAUUGGAGCAGGUGGCCAGUGCUUGGCUGGACAGCAGCAGCAGGACAGGUUUCUGCAGCUAUUGCAUCGCGGCAGCUCUGAUGUCAUGUAAAAGCUGCUAGUUUGGCAGCUGCUGAUUCUGGCCUCCACAGACUUUUCUGUUUCACACUGAAAAUUAAAGGCAUAUAUGGCCCCUGGGUAACCUUCUGCUUCUGUAUGCUUUAGGUAGACCCUUCAGGCUUCAACCUUAUGUACAACUUUGUCAAUAUGCAAGAGGGGAAGGCUGGUUCUGCUGUUUCAGCUACGGUGGUAAGAGGACAGAUGUUGGACAAGAGCUAUUCUAGACUACUAAAGGCAGCAGCUAAAACUGCUGUGGCAGAAGAAUGAAGGAAUGAUCUUGUGUUACAGAGCCAGAGCAAAGACUGAGUUGUUUGCAUGUUUUUAGAUCAACAUUAUAUUCCUACUUGAAAUAAGUGUUUUCAUGAACAGAUGCUGCCAUGGACUUGACUGCAGAUUUGUCAAGAACUACUGUAAAGCAAAGAACAAGAAACAUCCAGUUGUCAGCGAUGUUUUGUAACGUAUUUUCAGUAGGAGACUAUGCUGCAACAUAUUUUUCUAAAUUUUGGCUGAUAAUUGGAUAGAGGCUGUCAAUAUUCUGUAUGGACUGCACCAGACUGGCUUAUCAAGUUUUCAUCUUAGGAAAUUUAAUCGCUUUCUACCUUUCAGGUAAUGUUUAUUUAGCUAGAGUCUUUUAAGCAGGCACUGUUUUACUCUUUGCUCUUGUGUACGCUGCCAUGGUGGUUUUCUGCUUGGUGACUAGGACUCCUAACUGCAAUUCAAGGGAAGUGGGAUUGCAAGUAAUCUCUUAAAGGAAAACCUGAUGUUGGAUUUCCAUUUCUGAAAUGUUGUGAUUUAGCAUUCAAGUAUUAUAUGUCUCAGUCACCUUGGAAAAUACAGUGUCAUCUCUGCAGGUUGGUUGGACGGGUUCCCUGCCUGUGUCAUUUGAUAGCAGUUUGAGUAAAUACUUGCAGGAAAAUUCUUACCUAAUGCUGAACUAGGACCAUUAUCCAAGUGAGGAAAAUCAGGAAAAGCCUGUUUCCCUCUCUCUUGUUGUGUUGUAGACUUCUGACUUUAUAAUCCAUGCAGCAUAACUUUUACCCAUUUUUGCAAAUGCUAGAUGUAACAUCAGGGUCUCUUCCUCUCUAGAAGAGUUUCCCCCUCGAGCAGAUCUUUGCCAAAUACUAGCUCUAAAUCAAUCGCUAUACUCUCAAAACCAUUUAAAUAAGACUUGUAAGAAAUGUAGCACAUUGAGAGAAUGACUCUUUAAUUAUAUACUUUUGGGACUGUCUUCUUACUCCACUGUGCCAUGAAAAAUUAAUUUUCUCUUGGCAUUAGAGAAAUCCCUAGAUGACUUUUUUUCUGUUCUUCAAGACAAUGUGUGCUUUCUUUUACUACAGUCAAAUAUUAAAUUAUGCAGAAGACAGGACAUCUGAAGUGUCUGAGGCAUCAAAUGCACAAGAGAAUAGGAUGUGUGAGAAUUUCUAAGAGAAGUCAAUGAGUCAUAGUGGGAACGACCUAAAUUUAGUCUUAAAAGGCCUCAAAAAAUGGGGAACAUAAUAAGCUUUUGCAAUAGAGCACGUCUUAGAGCUUCUGAUGUGUUUAGGCUGUGACAUUUCCCCAGGAGUCUGCAAUCUGAACAGACAAGGCUGCCAGUGGCUUCUGCUGCUGGAUUGUGCUUAGGACCAGUUGUGGUGCUGCAGCAGCAGGAGUCAGAAACCUGCUGAGUAGAGGUUGGUACCCCUCUAGCCUGGAGGAACUGCUGGAGGUGGAGGUGUAGUAGAGUAAUUAAGGGCUAGAAAGUGGCAGGAGCUGCAGAGGGCAGUUGAAUUGUUGGUUGAGGUUUUUUUUCCCCUUGCUUUUAGCGUGAUGCCAGUAGGAUUUAAGUCCAAUUAGGGUGACAAGGUAAUGGUAUCUUGGUGUCUGAUGGCGGUAAAAUAGCAUUUAGCAAGAUGUCAGCAGGAUGAUGUGUUCAAAUAGUGUUUGCAUAGGAUGCAGAUUUGUCUGUCUCUGGUGGCAGUGAGGGACAAGAGCCACAAUAAAUAGUUGUGGAUUUUUUUGAAAUCAGAUUAAGGAAAAUGUUUUUUAAAAAUGAGCAACUGUCUCGCAUAUUACCAUGUCUUGCACGCAAUAUAGUAGUAGCACUGGAAGGUGCAGGUGACAAUACAGUUUUUACUUGGUAGGACCCAUUCAGUAGCAGCUAUUUUUGCACAUGCUGGCAAAAGAGUCACUGAAGCGUUUUUCAUUGUGUCCAACAGCAGCUAUUAAGAGUCUUCAUCGGGAAUUUCUGCAAAGCAAUGGAGAUCUUUAGUUAAACAAAACUGAAGUUGGGAAGCAUUUUCUCUGUGCAAUCUAUAAAGCUGAGCAAAGAAUAUAUUUCUGGCAUAACUCAGUUGUACACUAUGCAGAUUUUCAUUCUCUCUGCGGUACCAAAAAAACUUUCUGGUGAUGCACUAAGGGGACUAUGUUCUGUUUGCAUUAUCUCAUAUUUGUUCUCUCUCUCCCUCUCCUCCUCCCUUCCUCCCUCCCUCCACCUGCCCAAAGUACGUGCAUUGGAGUGAGUGCCUUGUUUUGAACUGUGUAGUGAUUUUCAGUCAGUAUCUGCAAACACAGACACUGUGCUGUGUAUGUGUUAAAGUGUGCAAGAUCAAAAGUAUGUGCUUUGUAUGUCAUGUUGAAGGUAGCCAGAUCUUUGUUCGUCCUUAGUUCCUGGGGGAGUUCAUUCCCUGGUGUCAAACCAAGGAAAAAGUUUUCCUUCAGAGGUGAAUUUUCCAGUAAUUUUCAGUGGUGCCACAAGAAUCACUGAGGUAGGAAGGAACCUCUCAGGAUCAUUUAGUCCAGUCCCCCUGCUCCAGCAUUGCUUGCUCCAUUACCUUCCCAGGGACUGAGAUGAGGCUGACGAGCCUGUGGUUCCCUAGAUCCUACUUCUUACCCUUCUUAAAGAUGAUGAUAUCCCAGAGGAUCAGUUAAAACAAGGACUACAGCCUUGAAGAGUGGCACUUGCUUUCCUCCAGUCUUCAGGAAGCUCUUCUGAUUGACAUGGCCUUUCAAAGAUAAUUGAGAAUUUUUUCUUCAUGCUGAAGGCUCUAUGCGUGGGUAUUUUAUAAUGCUGCAGUCCAGUCCAGACAUGAAGCCAGUAUAAAUUACUGUGGAGUUAGAUCAUGGUCCCCAACAAAAGGACAGAUAUUCCUAAGCACCUGGCUUGGCAGAAGUGUUAUUCAGUAUUUACAAUCAUUAUUCACAGGAACAAUGCCGACUUCCUUAGUGGUAAAAAUGCAGUUGCAUUUUUAAGCACAUUUCUGGCAUGCAAAUUUUCCUUUGCCUCUCUUUUUCACAGGUACCUGCUGCUUGUCUUGCUCACUUGCAUAACCAACAAGUGCCCUUGCAGCUCUUGCUGCCUGGGAAUUGCAGCGGAAAUCCUCUGUUCCUCCGUUGUCUGUACCAAGAGCAAUGUCAGGCUGCUUUGAAGAUGUUAAUCUUGCAUCAGCUCAACAAGCAGGUGCAAUACCUUUUCAUUCCUGAUGAAUGAAGGCUGAAGCUGGACACUUACUUGUCUCUACCAAGGAGGAAUGAAUGAAAAUACAUUGCAUGUGGUAGGAAGAGGAAAAAAGUGGCCAGCCCUUUUUUGGGCAAGAGUGGGAAAAAUUUUAUAUCAGGUCAGUCAAAGCAAUCAAAGGUCCUCCUGACAUCAGCUUGCAGCCUUGGAGCCUGUGACUGCUAUUUUAUAUCUAUCUAUGUAUAGAUCCAGGCAGCUCGGCAGUCACAUGAAAACAUGAGACAGGCUUUAUUCCUGUUGGACUUGAUGAUAAAUUUACCUCAACUUAAAUGAGGACAGCACAUGACCCUCCUUAGAUAGUAGUUUGCAUAAAUAAAUACUGUAAAAUCAAAUAGAUCAGCUGUGAGCUGGCUUUUGAGCUGGCUGGUUUUGAUCUGAUUUACCGCCAGAGAGGUUUAUGACUCAUUUAUCAUUCUAGGAAACAGUGAAAACCAUUUUACUUAAUAAUGUGUACUUCCAAAACUGUAUUAAACCAAAAUUAUAAGGGCAUUUAAAGAGAUUAUUCCCUGUGCUGCUCCUGUGAAAUAUGAGUGUGUUGAUAGUUGGUUUUAAAUGCUUCUUCCCAUAUUCUGCAUUGCAGUGUUAUACGGGUAAGGCUCAUGCUGUUGGAUCUGAAGAAUAAACAUCUAGUUGUGUUUCACAAUGAGAUUAGGUAAAGAAAUUAUCAGGCUUUCUUAAACAGAUUUUUCUAGGUAUUGAAUCUUUCCUCUCUCCUCUUUUGCCUCAGCCCAACCUGUUCUUUUGUGACUGCAACCAACCUUUAUGCUGAAUUGAAUCAAACCAUGUUACUAAAUUCAUUUACUAUUCAUUCACUUACUAUCUUACAAUUCAUGCAGUGGCAGGUGAUGAGGUGACUUUGUCUAUUUUGUUUGGGAUGAAUCCCAACAAAUGAAAUCUAAAACUGGUUGCUAAUUUCUGGUGUGGUGUCAUGCUUAUAAUUUGAUUCUGGUCUAUUGCAAAUUUCUGUGUGUAUAUAUAUAUUUUUUUUUCCCCAAAAAAACCUCCCACAAAAACCAAA